UAUUACUUUCCCUCCAAAUUCUCUAACCAACAAACAAAACCAGUCUCACAAAACAGAGUAACACAUCUUCUUUCCUCUUCUUUCUUUCUCUCUUCAAUCUCUGCCAACAAAAAUGGCGCCAUUAAAGAAAAUCUCAAUCACCCAAAUCUUCCAACGAAGAAGAACUCAAUUAAUCUUCACAUCUGUUCUUCUCUUAUUCUCUCUCUUCAUCUUUCUUAAUUUCUCCUUAACGCCCAAUUCCAUCACUUCCAUAACAGAGUCUACCCCUUCAACACUACCCUCUGCAACAUCCCACCUUCUCUACGCUUCCAAUUACAUCUCUUCUCUCUCCUCAGUUUAUCGCAGUGUCACAAUGGAAAGCGUGUCAAAUUCGGAAAAUUCUGUUGAAAAUGGGUUGAGUUUUGCUAAGAAGAUCACUUCUUUGAGUGUUUCAGGAGAAAAAGAAGAUGAUUUUGUAAGAAAAAAGAGGAAUUCUUGUGAUAUGUUUGACGGGAAAUGGGUAUUGGAUGAUUCUGACCCGGUUUACCCACCUGGGUCUUGCCCGUUUCUUGAUUCUACCUUUAAUUGCUUCAACAAUGGCCGUUUUGAUCUCGGGUAUUUACGCUACAGAUGGCAGCCUCAUGGGUGUGAUAUCCCUAGGUUUAAUGGGAAAAAGAUGUUAGAGAUGUUAAGAGGAAAGAGAAUGGUGUUUGUCGGAGAUUCGCUUAACAGAAACAUGUGGGAAUCUUUGAUUUGUUCUUUAAGAAUAUCUUUAGUUGAUAAGAACACAAUGUUCGAACUUUCUGGAAGAAGACAAUUCAGAACUGAAGGUUUCUACUCUUUCAAAUUCCAGGAUUAUAAUUGCACAAUAGAGUUUAUCAGAUCACCAUUCUUAGUUCAAGAAUGGAAACUCCCAAUUGUAAAUGGUGUCGAGUCGCGACGAGAACUGCUAAGACUUGAUUUGAUUCAAGCUACAACCUCAAAUUACCAUAAUGCUGAUUUCCUCAUCUUCAAUACUGGACAUUGGUGGACUCACAACAAAACUCGAAAAGGGAGGAAUUUCUUCCAGGAGGGAAAUACUGUGCAUUCUGAACUAAAUGUAACAGAAGCAUACACAAAAGCCCUUAAAACUUGGGCAAAAUGGGUUGAUAAAAAUGUCAACAAGAACAAAACUCAGGUUUUUUUUGCUGGUUACACUGCUUCUCAUUUCAGAAAAGGGAAGUGGAAUUCGGGUGGGAGAUGUGAUGCAGAAACAGAACCAAUAACAGAUGAUAAAUACUUAGCAGCAUAUCCUUGGAUGAUGAAGAUUCUUGAAUCAGUCAUCUCUAAGAUGAAGACACCAGUGGUGUAUCUCAACAUUACUAAGAUGACUGAUUACAGAAAAGACGGCCAUCCGUCUGUGUACAGGCAGCCGGGGGAGACUGAGAGGCGGCUUGGGACGAGUCAGGACUGCAGUCAUUGGUGUCUUCCUGGUGUUCCAGACUCUUGGAACCAGCUUCUCUAUGCUUCUUUGUUGAUGUCUUCUAAAAAGUCUAAUAAUUCUCACUAGCUGUUUGUUUUGGGAUGUUUUGUACAUUAUGUUAGAUAAAAGACAGAUUUUUUCUAGUAUUAUAAAUAUAAAAGCAUGACAUGAAAUACAAUGACAUGGAGUAACUCUGAAGUUAAUGUACCGUGCUGUAAUCAUUUUCAAAAUUUUUGUAUAUUAGUGUUAAUGCACGCGAUGUAUGUGUGAUUUUCAAGUUAUACAAUGAC